UACGACAUCUCAUGCAUAUCAGUUUACGGCAAUAUGGCAGCCUACUGGCUUGAGCCGAGUUUCAGACGGCUCUGACCGAUGGAACCUAAAACUUCAGGAUGAAAACGUGGACAGACUGCUCAAGACCAGCAGGUCGGUAACGAAGGGCUCGUGAAGAUGAUGAUGAUGUGUUUUCGGAGGAUUUCCACGCCGCUUUGCCACAACGCAGCAAAAGCUCGUGGUCUCACGUCCGCGCGGUGUGCGGGUGUGUGUUGGCUCGAGCCUGCGUCAUGGCGGCACAGACACACACCUGUCACCGGGUACGCAAAGGUGAAACCGGUCCCGGUCAGUGGCUCGUGGCUCCUCCGACUCAGGGGGACCGACAGCCCGGUUUCGUGCUGGAGUGGGAUAUUACAGCAGGUGAAUACAACACCCCGGCAGGCGCAAGGAAUUGUAGUCCCUGUAUUCAGGGGAGGUCAUGAGAGGUCGGGAGCCAGUUUCCGGUCUCUUCUGUCACCAGCUUCUCGUGGGCUCUGCAGCGGACAGAGCAAGCAGCAACCUGAGAGCUCACCGACGGCAGACGGGAAAGAACCUAGUGCGGUACCGGGACACGGGCUGUUCAAGUUCAAAGAGCUGUAUGAGAACCCAUGGACAAUCCCCAACUUUCUAUGUGUGUGUCGGAUUGUGCUGGCUCCAUUCUUGGGACACUUGAUCAUCGAGCAGCACUUUCACUUGAGUCUCGCUCUCUUUAUAUUGGCUGGAGCCACUGACCUGUUGGACGGUUUCAUUGCCAGAACAUGGCCGACUCAAAAGUCUGCAUUGGGCAGCGCUCUGGACCCCCUGGCUGAUAAGAUUCUCAUCAGUUUUUUAUACCUGAGCCUCACCUAUGCUGGGCUCAUACCAGCUUUAUUGACUGGUCUGGUAAUAUCUAGAGACAUCGGUUUAAUAGCUGCAGUCUUCUGGGUCCGAUACAAGACUGUACCUCCACCGGUGACCCUUAGCAAGUUUUUUAACCCCUGCUACACUACAGCACAGCUCAAACCCACACUCUUCAGCAAGGUAAACACAGCCAUCCAGCUCUUUCUGGUGGCAACCUCUCUGGCUGCUCCUGUCUUCCAGUAUACAGACAGUGUUCUGCUGCAGGGCUUAUGGUAUGUUACAGCAGUGACGACAGCAGCUUCAGGCUACAGUUAUUGGCACUACGGCCGCAAGACGGUUCGGGUGCUAAACACCAAAUCCCCUUGACAACCGCCCCAGGAAAUACCCAGAAAGCAGAACAAAAGCAGCAAACAGCCACGGCAAAGACACUGAUCAGCCGCAGUAAAAAGGAGUGAGACAGAAAGAUGGAAGCAUAAACCAAGUAGCCGUGACAACCGUUUUAUGAAUCGUCAUGGAAAUGACGCACGGAAACCAACAAUGGCCACAGAUGGAACGCCGAACAGCCGCUCUGCCACUGAACGGCCUGUGGACGAGACCUGAAUAUUCACACAAAUAGAGGCAGCAUAUGCAAAUAUAGACCAUCCAUCCACCUACUUACACGCACACCCACACACACACACACACACACACACACACACACACACACACACACACACACACACACACACACACACACACUCAAACACACUCAAACACGUGUCAAACAUGUCAAGUAUUUAUCAAGUGAUCCGACGAGAACUUCUAUUUUUGUCUCAGUUUUUCCAAUCAAGAGGUUACAAUGUCAGCCGAAUCGUCGUCACGUGAUUUUCAGUUUUGUAAAUCAAUGAUUUAUGAUUAAAUGAGAAAAUCUGC